CAAACUAGUUCUUAGGCAGCAAGGCAUUCUGGAAGGGAGGAUUGGUGCUGCUGCCCUGCUGUUGCAGCCUGCACUGCUGCAGGCUGCAGGAUACAGGCGACAGGGUCAGUAGGUUUGCCAUUCGGGUAGCGGGACCUUGCAUCAAGGUGCCGAGCAAAUUGGAGAGAGGAGGUCAUGGCGUCCUUGCAGGAAUACUUAAAACGGUACACAGAGGGUGGGGCAGGAGACCAGGAGGACAAAAAGAAGAAGAAGAAACGAAAAAAGGGGAAAGAAGAAGCAGUACCUGUUAGAAAGCUGGUGCCUGGGAUUAUCAUUCAUGACGAGGACGCGCCGUGGCAAAAGAAUAUUGAAGAGCCUGUCGAGGAGGAGGAAGAAGUUGAGGAAGCGCCUGAAGUGGUCGCGGACGCCGACACCCGCAUGAAGCUGAGGCUCGACAUGCUGCGGGAGAUGCAAGCCAAGCAGGGAAGCAACUGGACGGAGGUUGGCACAGCAGACACUUCUGCAAGAAGGGACUUGGAGGCGCGUAAUGGCUCUCCCGACAUCUCCCCCCCUCGGAAGAGGCGGAACGAUUCGCCUGAUUUGUCGCCACCUCGGACUGCUCGACACGACUCGCCCGACGUGUCACCCCCCAGUAGAGCGCGGCAUGAUUCUCCUGAUCUGUCGCCUCCUAGAAGGGCACGGCAAAACGCACCUGAUUUGUCACCACCUCGGAAGGCGAGGCAUGACUCGCCUGAUCUUUCGCCCUCAAGAAAAGCGCGACGUGGCUCCCCAGACCUAUCACCCCCCCGGAAAGGAAGACCAGCGUCACCUGAUCUAUCGCCCCCUAGAAAAGCCAGGCAUGAUUCGCCAGACCUGUCGCCCCCUAGGAAGAGCAGGCGUGAUGUCGCCCCAGAUCUGUCCCCCCCUAGAAAAGCCAGACAAGCUUCGCCUGAUUCGUCCCCACCAAGAAGACGACGGCAGGAUUCUCCCGACCUCUCGCCCCCGCGCAGAGCCCGGCACGCCCCCUCACCACAUCAGCAGGACCUCUCGCCUCCUAGGAAGCGACACCAUGACUCUCCGGAUCUGUCUCCCCCGCGCCGGAAAGCGCGCCACGACUCCCCUGAGGGGCCUCCUCCAAGGAACGCUAGCAAUCCUUCAGGGGGCGAAAAACCGGCGAGGAUGACGGACGGAACGCUUGCGGGGCUACGGACGGGGAAAGAUCUGCAGAGAGAGAUUGAGGCGAAACGAGCGCAAGACGCGAAGAAAUUCUCGGCGCUCGACGCGGCGGUGACGGGGCGCGGCGCGGGGACGGUGUACCGAGACAAGACGGGGCGGCGGGUCACCGCAGAAGAGCUGAAAGCGCAGGCGGAAGCCGAGGCGAAGAAACGGAAGGAGGAGCCCCCGCCCGAGUGGGGAAAGGGCAUGGCGCAGAAACGGGCGGCGGAGGACAAGGCGCGGGAGCUGGACGAUAUGCGGAACAAGCCGUUUGCAAGGACGAGGGACGACAAAGAUCUCGACAACAUGCUCAAGAGCCGCUCCCGGUGGGGGGACCCGAUGGCGCAUCUCGUCAAGAACAAAGGGCCGUCUGAAGCGGACCUUGUCGGCCAACUAGACAUGGACGACCUAAAAGCGCAGGGCUUCAUCGUGCCCCAGGACAUCCCUCCCCACAGCUGGUUAAAGCGGGGGUUAGCCCCGCCGUACAACCGGUUCGGCAUCCGGCCUGGCCGGCACUGGGACGGGGUGGAUCGGAGCACUGGGUUCGAAAAGGAGUUGGUGAAAGCAAGCAAUGCGAAGCAGGCGAGGGCGAACGAGGCGUACUUGUGGUCCGUUGCUGAUAUGUAGGGCGGUGGCGAGCAUGGCUGCGGUGGACAAGCUCGGAAAUUUGCGGUGACGUUUUCUUGGACAGAUGUUCGGACCCGCUGUCCAAGUGCAAGCGCAUACAUCGAAUUCUGGUCGCAGAGACAUCAUUUGGUCGGAGCUCCGGUCCUUGUGAUCUUGUACAAAUGCGAAGUUGCCAAAAAACUAGUAUGAUCGGAUGUUUCCUGGCAUAAAGUACUCUGCGCAUUCGAUUCUGCCCAUGGC